AUGAGGCCCAAACGGGAAUCAUGGCUAGCUGAUCAAGUUGGUAUACGCGGCAUAGAACUGUAUAUUCCGAAAUUAUAUAUAACUCAGAAGGAUCUUGAAACGUUUGACAAUGUUCAGAAGGGCAAAUAUACUGUUGGGCUUGGACAAGAGGAAAUGAGUUUCUGUGCAGACCACGAAGAUAUUACGUCCAUUUGUUUAACAGUUGUAUCGAAAUUACUAAAGAAUUAUAAACUUUCUGCCAGUGAUAUUGGUUUCCUUUGUGUUGGAACGGAAACAUUGACGGACAAAAGCAAAAGUGUCAAAACUUCGUUGAUGAAAUUAUUCGAGGAGAAUUGCGAUAUCGAAGGAGUUGAUGUGAAAAAUGCGUGUUAUGGUGGCACCCAAGCCUUAUUUCAUGCUAUUGAUUGGAUUCAUGCUAACUGGGAAUUUGAAAGGCGCUAUGCAAUUGCUGUUAUGGCAGAUAUAGCAGUUUAUGAUGCUGGACCUGCACGAUGUACGGGCGGAGCCGGAGCCUUUGCUGCCUUAAUUGGUCCAAAUGCAGUAUUGUCGUUUGAAAGAGGACUCCGUGCAACCUAUAUGGUUGAUGUUUACGAUUUUUACAAACCAAAUCAACCUGUACCCUCAGAAUAUCCUAUUUUCGAAGGCCAAGCCAGCUUACAAGCUUAUCUCACUGCCGUAGACGAAGCUUACAAAUUGUAUUGUCAAAAGUCUGAAAAAUUGAGAAAUGAAGUAGUGGAUAUUUCGAAUUUUGACGCUGUGUUUUUCCACUGUCCAUUUACCCGUCUUGUUCAAAAAGCUCUUGGUGUGUUAGCAUUUAUUGAUUUCAAGCGUGGAUUAUGCGAUCAUUUGGUAAAUGUCGAACGGGCCAAGCCUUCACAUUCGCCGGAUGAAAGAGCUUUAGGUGGUCAGCGACUUUUAUUUUUCUCUUAUGGUAGCGGGGCAGCUGCAGCAAUGUUUUCCGCUCGAAUACUGAUACUAGAGAAGGAUGCUGAAGAUCAGUGUACUCAAAUGAAACGAAGCGCAAAUGCGGCUGUAGCAUUAUUGGAAAAACGUUUAUGUAUAGAUCCAAAACGUUACAGCGAAAUCUUGGCUCUCAGGGAGAAGCUUUUGUCAAGUACAGCUCCGUACAGGCCAGAAGGCGUGAGAAAUAAUUUGAUGGAUGAAUUCAGCUUAUUUCCUAAUACGUAUUAUCUGAUGAAUAUCGGAGACAAGUACAGGCGAUAUUAUGCGCAAACAUCCAGUUAG